AUGUCUCCGCAAUUCGAGAAAUUGCCGGUAAUCAUUCACGAUCGCAUCCUCUGCUCGCUGCCAGCUCCGAAUGAUGUCGCCAACACCAUCCGUGCCAGCCCUGGUUGCCUUCACGCAAACUCGGACUGCAAUUCCGAUCCGUGCAGUGUGCUCGUAAAUAUCAACUUCAAGGAUGAAUUUCACAAUUUCCUCGAUGAUAUUAACUUGAGGCCCCUGACCCUCGACACCUUCGAUUGGUCCUUGAAGCUCUACGCAGACAUUGCCAAGGCAAUCACGGACUACACCUCUUUCACUUUUGCAAGGUCUCAACACCGAACACUGAAGCUCUCUACUCCCGAGGCAUCUAGAGCUCGGUGUACUUCAUUCAAACUACCUCGAGUGAACGACGAAGAGACAAAGAGGCUUUGGAGGGGUUUCCUGCUCUACGAGCUAUGCUGUCGCAUCGAUGGUGUGCCCAUGAUUACAGCCACUGAUGAGAGCCAUUGGGAGGCCUCAAUGAAAUCGAGAUUGUCUGCAGCUUUGACGCGGCUCCCGGUAUUUAUGCAAGAGGAGGUAUUGUGUAUCCAGGAGUAUGUGCGAGCACAGUACGACUUGGCAUUCAAUGGGAUUGUGGAGAGCUUCGAGCUGGCUGUCAAUGAGAUAGGUCGACAAGCUCUGGACAAAUCAACCACCCUGAUUGGAUCCACCAAGACAAUUCAACAGUUUCUGGAAACCGAAGACUGCGCAGACGACAUAUACCACCUCGUGGAGCCACGUUACAGUCAAGCCAACGAUUGGUCCAUCAACAUAGCGAUGCUGGGCGUCAUCUUUCUACGCCAUUUUCUUUCCUGGGACUCAUCCGCCCGGCUUGACUUCAUCCGAAACACCUAUUGGUCCUUGGGCAAAGACUACGACGGUCUUGAAGAUUUUGAAACCGCUGGUCAUGUCCCAGCCGUUUAUAUCGACAUGAAUGAAAUGGCCAUGAUCAGAUUUGGAUGGCCCCGGCAUACCUCAUAUUUCUUGCUUCAGUACAACCGGUUAUGUCCGAGCGAGUCCCGGUUGAGGUCUGUGGGCUGGAUAUUCUGGAUAAAACCAGAACGGCUCCAUCUUAUGAACCUCUGGGACUUGAAUCAAGGUCUUUUGGAAGAAAAUUACGGGUUACACGGAAACAUUCGCCCCCACCUCAGGCUGCGAGGUCGAUCCCAUUUGAAGGAAACAUUAGUACAACGACAAGACUUGGAACACAUUGUACGGCAGUUUGGUGCUGAUGUCUUGUCCAAUCAUCGGCUGAACAAGUUCAAGGACUUUCUCAGAGCGAUUUGCGACCCCAGCUCAAGUGGCAACGCGGACAUUGCCCCACUCUUGCUUAGCCAGGAUGACGAAGAUGAUGCUGCCCCCGAAGACAAGGCUGGUGGCAAGUGA